AUGAUGUCAAUAAUGCACUAUGGUGAAUGUGAGAUGGAACAUAAGCCUGAAAUUAUAUACGACUACAAUAGAACAAAAUGGGGUAUUGAUGCUCUUGAUGAAAAGACUCAUAAUUAUACAACUUUCAGAAGAAAAAGGCGGAAGCCUAUGGCAAUAUUCUACACCAUAUUGGAUAUAGCUGGUGUAAAUGCUUUUGUUUUACUCCAGGCCAAAGAAGACAAUAAUGAUAUUAUUCGUCGAGAAUUCCUCAUUCAACUAGGAAUGGAACUUGUAAGUGACCAUAUGAAAAGAAGACUGGAUUCUCCAUUUCUGAGAAAAGACGUCAGAAAUUCGAUUUUUGAUAUUUUAGGAAUGAAUCCUAACGAGGCACCAGGAACAUCCCAAGCCGGCAAAGAGGCUCCUCCUACUAAAUCUAAGAGAAGAAGGUGCUCCAUAUAA